GAAAAAAAAAAAGGGACAAAUCCCACCCGUAAUGUCUUCUUGUUCAUCAUUUGUUCCCCCGUGAAAUUCUUCCUCACUAUUUGGCUACUUAAAGUCGAAAACUUUACGUCAAAUUCAACCCAUCUCUUCUUCCCUUGCAGAGAAUCGAAUCCUCUCUGAGAUUUUCUGUGACUAACAGCAUCUGGGUCCGGAUCCUCCGAAGCGGAUUUCUCGGAUGGAAGGCGCUUCCGCGAGUGGGUCGGCGUUGACGGUGUCGGACGAUGACAAUUUCGUCGUUUCUUACGAGGAUUCAUCUUGUCCGGUGGAGACCGAGAUAGAGCUCGGUCUCACGUUGAGCCUCGGUCCGAAGGGCCAGCGAGAUUCUGGGGGUUCGUGCUCUGAGGAUUGUUCUUCUUCAUCUUCUUCCUUGAGCAGAGCUAGCGCGACGGCUGGCAUCAAGAGGACAGCUGAUUCAAUGGCCGUGACUAAUGGGCAAGUUGUGGGGUGGCCGCCGAUUAGAACUUACAGGAUGAACAGCAUGGUUAACCAAUCUAGGACAUUAGCCAUUGGAGAGCUGAAUCCAGAGACUGGCAAGAACAUAAACAAGAACAGAACGGUUGCCAUAAGCAAUGGGAAGAUCAGAAACUCAAUGUUUGUGAAGGUGGCUAUGGACGGAAUUCCCAUCGGAAGAAAAAUCGAUCUGAAUGCUCAUAGGUCGUACGAGUCAUUGUCAAAGACACUGGAGGAAAUGUUUCUGAAACCAUCAGCAGGAUCGAGCGUAGGAGAAAAUGAUGACGGCCACGCGGAAACACGGACAAGGAAACUGCUAGAUGGGGCGUCUGGUUUCGUGCUAACCUACGAGGACAAGGAGGGAGACUGGAUGCUUGUCGGUGAUGUACCAUGGGGGAUGUUUCUUACCUCUGUGAGGAGGUUACGGAUAAUGAGAACAUCAGAAGCCACUGGGACAGCUCAAAUGAUCUCAUGAACCUAUUUUGGAACGGUUUUUUUUAUUAACUUGGAGCCUAAUAAAAGUAUAAAACGGAGCGAAGACAAAACACGUGAAGCGUCUUGCCCUACAGUUUCAGCUCGGCACUUCAGUUAUUACAUGUUUUUUUUUGGUUCAUCCUAAUCCAUGUCUUCUGUGGAGUAUACACACUGUACAUCACCUCCUCGUGGAGAACUAUAAUAGAACUCGAGAUUUUGCUUGUAAUUCACACACGUAAACACACAUACAGAGAUGGUUGGUUGUGUUAUGUUA